AUGCCUCGCGAAGAGUACCAAGUUCCCACCUCCACAACCGGCGCUUCUGCCCGCGGCGCUACCCACGAUGCUCGCGACGUCAGCGCCCGCUCUGUCAUGACAUAUCUCUGCGGCGACUGCGGCGGCAACGUUUCCCUCACCAAGGAUGCCCUUGUCGCCUGCCCUCACUGCGCCGGCCGUGUUCUCUACAAGGAGCGCACGAAGCGCAUGGUCCAGUUCGAGGCUCGAUAA